AUGGAGGAUACUUCGGUCAAUGCCACAUCGUCAACUCAGGCGGAGAUUUCGAUCGAGCUUCUUUCUUUACCUCCACCCCCGUCUAUCACUCCGUUGCUGUCUCCGCAAGAACUCCAGGCGCGGUAUGAUCUUUGCGUUGCCCAGUCUAGGAAACGGAUGCAUGAUGAAAUAACCACUUCAGAGGGCACGUGUGAGAAGCCAGGGGGGCCUGUCAGCUCCAGCAUCGAUGACGUUUUCCUAAGUUGCUGCCCUACUCUUCAGCUUCAACCUACAGAGGUGGUGCCACUUGUUCAGGAGUUUCUCCUUCAAUGGUUUUCAGAAGGUGAAGUGCGUUCCAAGUUCAAGAAAGAAUUAGAAGGUAUCAAUGCAUCAUACCUUCAAAGUCUCUACGAUGCGCCAGAAAGAAAAGAAGCUGAUCUAUUUGGUCGUGUAGACGUCGAUCGCAGCCGAAGAAUCUUGAUUUCGAACUCUGAGGCUCAAACUGAUAGCGCUGGCGACGGCGCUGUUGAUGUGAAACGUACGCGUGAAAAAAGAAUAGCGGAGUGUGUUUCCUGCCUGACGCAAGGUCAGCACCGACACUAUCGCAAUGUUCUAAAGCAUUACACGCGUGAUCGUCGCCGCCCUCCCGCCAGUACUCCUUCUCACCCAGAUACCACCGUCAUCCUUGAUUUGAUACAAGCAGAGCAAGCCUGCUUCUUGUCGAAGCUCAGGAGGGAAACAUGUGAAUGCGUUAGAUGUGUUGAGGAAGACGUGGGCGGGAUUCUCUCGAGUGGGAACGUGGAUAAUCCACAUGAUUGUAUCAAUCACAACUUUUUUGGAGGUUCGCAUCUUCGUCGUUUUGCACAGUACCGCCGAAUGCAGCUCUUGUCGGAAAGGGUUGAGGGGUUCCUGAUUCUUGCGAAAAUAGCUGCGUGUGUCGAAGGUAGCAGCGACCCUUCCUCGAAUGUUCUCAGCGCGGUUGAUAAAAAGGUCCCCACUGGAAGAGAUGUUUAUUUUCACUCAUACGAAUCUUUCUCCUGUUAUGGCCGCCUCGCCCCCGCUGGACUCUCAGUGCAAGUUCAGCUUGUUGAUAGCAAGGAUUGGUCGCGAAUGAUGCAUGCGGAGGCGUCGAAGAAGCUUCUCCCGCCAACUUAUCCAGGUGGAGGUGCGGUUGAAAGUGGGAAGUCGAUUUCGCAGUCGGAGCAUUACAAGGCGGGAGAGGUGGAAAAUGCAAACAACGCGACUGCAUUGCCCUUCGCACUUGACGUAAGCUUGUUGGGCGAGGUGGUCUCCGCCGCGCAGCAUGCAGGAGAAGAUGGCAGCGACUCUGGAUGCUUUCAACCGGAGAUCUUGGGAGACAGUGAAUCCUCAAAUCAGUUUGGAAAAGAAAGUGCAUCCGAAGCGUACUGGAAUGAUAUGGUGGAUGGCCGUUAUGCCAUUCACAAUUGCAUCCUAAACCCUAUGGUAGUCGCGCUCGAUUCCACUUCACCCGCUGUGAACACGCAAGGUUUGUUAUCGCGGAUCAAGGGGUUUAGCCUAGCGUUAUCUUUUGAAGCAAUGCUCACGCUGCUGACUGCGCAUAUUGGUGAAAAAAAGGGAGGUGGCGAGUCCUUUCAUAAUAGCUUCCGCAUACCCCUUCUGGUGCGAGUCGUAUCGCAGGCAGCUAAAGGGUAUCCUGCUGAAGCUCCCCUGGUUGACGCUUCAUCCAGUGUGUCAUUACGAGAUGAUGAAUCUCUCGAAAUUCGCUUGGAGAUGGGGAACCCAUUUCCAAGAGAAAAGGAAUCUCGGCGUAAUAUCCUGGCAGAUACUAUGGAGUAUUUAAUUAAUCAUACAAAACCAUUUUGCCCGCCCCUAGAGGGAGUGGGCAAGGGUAAUGCUGAAGGAAAAAAUCGGUCCACAGAAGCCGCUUCGGCUCACUCCAGUGGUGGCAUAGCCGAGUCGCCACAAACGAGCUCACAUGCGCAGCAUAGUCACCAAGUUCCUUUCUGUGCGACUCUGAAGCUAUUUCGCACCGAUGAGAACACUGCAUCUUCGCUGUUAGAGGAUAUACGAGUUUUGAGUGGUACCUCACUUUUUUCCAAGCCUCUUUAUUUAAAUGUCAUGCAUCACGCAGCUGCGCUUCAGGAUGGUGUAAGGCCAAUCUUUACCAUGGUUAAGGUGGAUUACUUGACUAAAUCUCCUAGCUUGAGAUCGGCGUCUUCUUCCCCCUUUUCCGUACAAUCACCACCUCCUCUGCUGCGGGAGUCGUUCAGCACGGCCGAAAUUCUGAAGGUUUGUUUACUGUUUCGAUGCUUUCCGACAGCGGUCGUUCGCGUAUACUACGUUAAUGCUUACUUUUCAUACAUUUUUAGUAUUAUCGACUUCACGCGCUCAACUUGGGAGGCGGCGCUGACGAUGUCUCCGGAGGGUGAUUAUCCUUCCGCUUUUGAAAACGACUUCUACUCAACCCCCUCCGCGACGCAAACCGAGGAUUUUCGAUACGCCUUUGAUUCACUCUACGACCUCUUGCAUGCGGUUAGCCAUUGUGUUCUAGGGGAGCUCAUGAAGACACUGCAUCAGCGACCACCCCAAACGCCGCUGAGAGGGACCACCAAUUUUCACUAUCUUCUUACGAAACUCAACAAGUCUAAGAAGACUUUAACUAAAGAAGCUACAGUUGAUCAGCAUGGUAAAAAAGCUGCCCAUAGCCUUCAACACGGUGACGCGGCGCGCCAGAAGAGAAGGUAUGGCUUCCGUCUUUACCACACUCACGAGCUGUAUCCGAAAUUCAGCCUGCCCUUUAACAAGAGGAAGGAUGCGGAGGAAUUAACUUUCGUUGAGGGGGUGAGUUCUGAAGUGUGUGAAAGGGAAUACCUGCCGCCAGACAACUGGAUCUACCGCGAUCGCAUCCCUUUCACAUUUCCGCCGGCAAAGGUUUCGUAG